AUGAAACGACAGAAUGUUCGCACGCUAUCGCUUGUGGUAUGUACGUUCACCUACCUACUCAUAGGAGCAGCGGUUUUCGAUGCUUUAGAAUCUGAUACAGAAAGUAAAAGAUGGGAAGUUUUGUCAGCCAUGAAGAAUGGUCUUGUGCGUAAAUAUAAUAUAACACCAGAAGACUACCAUAUGAUUGAGAUAGUAAUAAUAGAAAAUAAACCACACAAAGCAGGGCCUCAGUGGAAGUUUGCUGGUGCCUUUUAUUUCGCUACUGUUGUGCUAGCAAUGAUUGGAUAUGGUCAUUCUACACCUGUAACUGUUGGUGGAAAGGCAUUUUGUAUGGCUUAUGCAAUGGUUGGGAUACCGUUGGGACUAGUGAUGUUCCAGAGCAUUGGUGAGCGUCUUAACAAGUUUGCUUCAGUAGUUAUACGACGUGCCAAGUGCUAUCUUCGUUGCGAGACCACAGAGGCGACAGAAAUGAAUCUAAUGUUUGCUACAGGAAUGUUAUCAUCUAUAAUUAUUACCACAGGGGCAGCUGUUUUCUCGCGCUAUGAAGGCUGGAGCUACUUUGACAGUUUCUAUUACUGCUUCGUAACCCUAACUACAAUUGGAUUUGGGGAUUAUGUUGCCUUGCAAAAUGAUCAAGCCUUAACCAGCAAGCCAGGCUAUGUGGCUCUGAGUCUCGUAUUCAUUUUGUUUGGUCUGGCAGUGGUGGCAGCCAGCAUCAAUUUGCUAGUCCUCCGUUUUAUGACAAUGCAAGCCGAGGAGAACGCUCGCGACGAGGACAAAGAAGGUUCCAGAACAAUGUUGCCGAUCGACGGGCACCCGAUAGCGUCACGCCAACGUUCUCACGACGACCAGGCCUCUGCAGGCAGUAGGUACGGUACAUACGAUACGGGUGGGUACGCGCAUAUGCAUCGGACGGCAUAUGCAGUGUGCUCGUGCGACUGCCUCGGCAACAAGCAGUGCGAGGGCGGAGCGCUGCUUCCGAGCGAGCGGGCGCCGCGCGCGCUUCGCCGCCGCGCCUCGCUGGCGAUGGCCCCCGACCUCGUCGAGCGCGCCAGCGUC